AUGAGUGGGAUGGAUUAUGAGCUAGUUGAUCACUCCUUCUGCCCCUCCCACAUGUAUCAACUCCAUGAAUAUAGCUCAGAAAAUGCAUUUCCAUUCCAGACAGAGUAUUGUCCAAAUACCUCACAAGAUGUGGUGCUCGAUCAAGAGUUUAUUAAAGGAUUACUACAGCAGCCACAUACAGAGCUUCUGGACUUCGAUUUGAUGGAUCCUAAUGUCCCCGUGGGGACAGAGACAGAAUUGAACCAAGAAGUUACUACUCCGAGAUGCCAGGAAAAUGGCGAUCCUUGUUUAAUGGGAAUUCAAGCUGCGCUAAUGGAAGAUAGCAGUUUAGCUGAUCUCUUGCUGACAGGGGCUGAAGCUGUUGAAGCACAGAACUGGGCUCUAGCAUCAGACAUCAUUAAGAAGAUUAACGACGACUUGUGUGUAGAAAGUGGGGAUAGUUUAUUGAACAGGUUGGCUCUUUUCUUUACUCAAGGUCUGCAUUGUAAAACCAUAAACGCUCCUGCGGUGAACCAUGAGCCUGUUUCUACCCAGACAAACACUUUCUUCACCUUUCAGAUUCUCCAGGAGCUCUCUCCCUAUGUGAAAUUUGCUCAUUUUACAGCCAACCAAGCGAUCUUUGAAGCCACUGAAGAUGAUCGAGAGAUCCAUGUCAUCGAUUUUGACAUCACGGAGGGGAUCCAGUGGCCGCCUUUGAUGGUUGACCUUGCAAUGAGGAAGAACACCACCCUCAGAGUAACAGCCAUCACAUUGGACCAUCAAAGUGCCGCCGUCGCCCAACAAACGGGAAGAAGAUUACAAGAGUUUGCUGCUUCUAUCAAUUUCUCAUUCACAUUCGAUCAAAUAAUGAUCACUAGGGAAGAAGAUUUUCGAAGAAUCAUAUUGCGUCAUACACUUAUAGUCAAUUGUAUGAUACACCAGUGGAUGCCCAGCAGGAGUUUCUCGCAGAUCAAAACUUUCCUGGAUGGCGUCAGCAAAUUAUCACCUAAACUUGUUAUUUUAGUAGAAGAUGAACUGUUCAAUUUUUCUAGGCUUAAAUCCAUGUCCUUUGUGGAGUUCUUCUAUGAGGCUUUGCAUCAUUAUACAGCAAUUUCUGAUUCACUUGAAAGUAGUUUCUGGGACGACUACAAGAUGAAGUUGAUAGAAAAAGAAGUUCUGGGGAUUAGGAUUAUAGACAGUGUGAGGCAGUUUCCUUGUGAAAGGGAGGAGAGAACUUUGUGGGAAGAAGGAUUGAAUUCCUUGAAAGGGUUUAAACGAGUUCCUGUGAGUACGUGCAAUAUUUCUCAAGCCAAGUUCUUGGUGAGCCUCUUCGGUGGAGGCUAUUCGGUGCAAUAUGACAAGCGCAGAUUGUCUCUUUGUUGGAAGUCUACGCCUUUAACAGCUGCCUCAAUCUGGGUACCGACAAGAAGUUAAGGUGCCCAAGUGACAAGGUCAAAAAGACUGGACUUCUUGUUGUGGCAAUAUAUUUUUGUGCUCGGUUUCAGUUAGUGAUGUCUGAUUUAACGAGUAAUGACAGGGAUCGCUGAUGAGUAGAGCGGCGCCCGGGGAAUAUGCGAAUUUCGAUCUUUC